CACAUGCAAACAUCUGAUUGGAGACGGACAGGAAGACUCAGGCUGCGUUUGAAAGAUCCACUGCGAUUCUUCUCCUUCUGAAACUUGCAAAGGGAAAGCAGACUACAUUUUACCUCUUGGAUGCUGGAUGGUGGAGGGGAAAACUUCUGCAGAGGAAAUUGUUUUCAAGCAAGGCUUCCUGCAGAGAUGUCUUUUUUUACUUCAUCACUUCUUCUUUCCGGAAUCGGGCUUUUAAAGCUCUUUAUCUAAGCACAACACGAGAUAACCUCUAUUUUUAGUAGCAGAAACUGAGACGUGUCUCUGUGAUCAUGAAGAUGCCUCCUCCUGAUUCAGUCUGAGUGGUAAGUGGAUUAUGAUGAUAUUCUGGGAUUUCUCUUCCCCCUAUAAAGAAAAAGAGAGCGAAGCAGAAUAAAAAAAAAAAAAAACCUUUUCCUUGACUCGUGGAUUUAUGUCUGUCAGAGACGGAGAAGAUCUGGUGCGUUUUCUCCUCUCUUCUCCUGUGGAUUACAGAUGGGCUUUGUGAUCUCUCAGUGCAGUCUCAUGGAUGAUCGCUCGCUGCCAGUCAUUAGGAUAAAGUACAAAGAGGGACACAAACCAUUUGCCAAUGAACAUAAUUUACUAAAUGAGGGGUACUGUCUACCCACCAGGUGGCUUGGGCACAAGCGGAGAUUGAUUGAAGUGAUCUGUGUGAAUCCUAUUAAUGCUUCCUGGAUCGUGGCCAAGGCAGAAGCAAUGGAGGGGAACACCGCUGUCUAGCUGAUCUGCGUCCAAACUGAGGACCCUCUGCACUCCCCCUUCAACAAGACGCCUCCUCCUCCUCCUCCUCCUCCUCCCAGGCAAGCAUGGUACCUCCACCCCCCACCAACAAGCCCCACGUGUGCCUGUCCACCAUCCUGAUCAUGAGCAGCAUGGCGCUGAUUGAUGCCUACCUGGUGGAGCAGAACCACGGCCCCCGCAAGAUCGGCAUCUGCAUCAUGGUGAUGGUGGGGGACAUUUGCUUCUUAAUUGUCUUGCGCUACGUGGCGGUGUGGGUGGGCGCCGAGGUGCGCACGGCCAAACGGGGCUACGCCAUGAUCCUGUGGUUCCUUUACAUCUUCGUGCUGGAGAUCAAAGUCUACUUUGUGUAUCAGAACUACAAGGCCGACAGGAAGAGCCUGGACGCUCUGGCGCGGAAAGCGUUGACGCUGCUGCUGUCCAUCUGCAUCCCGGUGCUGUUCGUGGUGCUGGUCGCCAUCGACCACAUGGAGUACGUUCGCGCCUUCAAGAAGCGCGAGGAGAUCCGCAACCGCCUCUUCUGGGUGGUGGUGGAUUUGCUGGACAUCCUGGACAUCCAGGCCAACCUGUGGGAGCCUCAGAAGAAGGGGCUCCCCCUGUGGGCGGAGGGCCUGAUGUUCUUCUACUGCUACAUCCUGCUGCUGGUGUUGCCCUGCGUGUCCCUGAGCGAGAUCAGCAUGCAGGGCAUCAACAUCGUGCCCCACAAGAUGCUCCUGUACCCCAUCCUCAGCCUGGUGACCAUCAACAUCAUCACGCUGUUCAUCCGGGGGGGCAACAUGAUCCUGUACAGGGACGCCAGGGUUUCCGGGAUCCUAAUAGGGAAGAACAUCCUGGCCAUCAUCCUAAAGACCUGCAGCUUCGUGCAGUACAGGAGACAGUUGCAGAACGCUCCGCCCGCCUUCGGAGUGGAGCUGCAGAAAAACUCGGUGGCUCACGCUCGCCCUGCCCCCACCCCCCCUCAAGUGGUCAUGCAGGACCAGACUCCCCUGCCCGAGGUGACAACCUGCGAACACACAUGACAGAACGUCGAGGUGAAUCCUUGAACUGUCAAUAUGAGUAUGUAUACAUUGAAAAGAAAAGAAGAAGAAAAAAAAAAAAAAGCAAACAAACCCUGGCAGGGCACAGCGUUCAACACCUUUCAGGGCAUGUAAACACACAGGAGAUCGUGAUCUCCUCUGAUGGCACACAGAACGCUGCAGACGCUGCGCGAGGAUGCUGCCAGCGCUGCCGCAUCCAAAGCCAUCAUGGUGCAACAAACAAUAUCACUUCUGACUUUGUAAAAGCAUUCCCCGCCCUCCCGGUAAAUCCUGUCAACUGUGUAUUUUUUCUAAUUGUAUAAAAAAAAA